UUUAGUCAUUUUUCAGUCGCAACAAAAACCCUAGCUCUUGGCUUUCCCUAUAUCAGUAUAUCGUCUCUUGCUCUCUAACUUCUCUCUCGGAAGAACGCUCCGCCUCACAGAUCUAAAGUCUGAGCGAAACGUUUUUCUGGAACAGCCAUGGCUCUGGUUUUGCAUGCAGGGAAGACAAACAAAAAUGGUUACAAGGCACUCAUUACUGCAGAGUAUACUGGUGUGAAAGUUGAACUUGCACCUAACUUUGACAUGGGUGUCUCAAACAAAACUCCUGAAUAUUUGAAGUUAAACCCUAUUGGGAAGGUUCCGCUGUUGGUAACACCGGAUGGUCCCAUUUUUGAGAGUAACGCUAUUGCUCGCUAUGUUGCACGCUUGAAAGCUGAUAAUCCUCUGUAUGGUUGUUCUCUGAUUGAUUAUGCCCAUAUCGAGCAAUGGAUUGAUUUUGGAUCCAUGGAGAUUGAUGCUAACAUAAGCAAGUGGUACUAUCCAAGACUGGGAUAUGGCGUGUAUCUUCCUCCAGCUGAGGAAGCUGCGAUUUCUGCAUUGAAGAGAGCACUAGGUGCCUUGAACACCCAUAUUGCUUCAAACACAUACCUAGGGCAUUCUGUAACCCUUGCUGACAUUGUUGUCGUAUGCAAUUUGUACGUGGGGUUCGCCAACGUCAUGACUAAGAGCUUCACUUCAGAGUUUCCGCAUGUUGAGAGAUACUUCUGGACCCUGGUCAAUCAACCAAACUUCAAAAAGGUACUGGGUGAUGUUGAGCAGGCUGUUUCAGUUCCACCAGUUGCAUCUGCAAAGAAGCCUGCCCAGCCUGCUAAGGGCAAGAUCAAGGAGGAGCCCAAGAAAGAAGCCAAAAAGGAGCCGGCAAAACCCAAAGCAGAAGCUGCUGAGGAAGUGGAAGAGGCUCCAAAGCCAAAACCCAAGAAUCCUCUUGAUCUGCUUCCCCCAAGUAAGAUGGUUUUGGAUGACUGGAAGAGACUGUACUCUAACACAAAGAGCAACUUCCGUGAGGUUGCUAUUAAAGGAUUCUGGGACAUGUACGACCCUGAAGGAUACUCUCUUUGGUUCUGUGAGUACAAGUACAAUGAUGAGAAUACAGUUUCCUUCGUGACACUGAACAAGGUCGGUGGAUUCCUUCAGCGGAUGGAUCUGGCCCGCAAGUAUGCCUUUGGGAAGAUGCUUGUGAUUGGCUCAGAGGCACCAUUCAAGGUGAAGGGGCUGUGGCUCUUCCGUGGGCAAGAAAUUCCCAAAUUCGUGAUGUAUGAGUGCUACGAUAUGGAGCUCUACAGCUGGACAAAGGUUGACAUUUCAGAUGAAAACCAAAAGGAGCGUGUCAACCAGAUGAUCGAAGACCAGGAGCCGUUCGAGGGAGAGGCUCUUUUGGACGCCAAGUGCUUCAAGUGAAAAUGUCUAAAUUCCUUCACCGGAAAGGGGUGUGUUUUUGGUCGGUCUGAUCUUUUUUUGUUAGGGUUUCUCUCUGCGAGUGACCAAGUAUAACUUAUAAUCCAUGUUAUUGCAAUUUAAUUUUGGAGAAUGGUUUAGACAUAAAAUUCCUUGUGAUAGCGACAUCUAAUGUUUAUUUUUAUUGUGAUUUGAUUUCGUUACCUAC